AUGCGCUCCCCGCCCCUCGGCCGCUACCAGACGCCUGGGGCCGGGGAAGGGGCCGCCGCGCAGGGGGCAUGUGGGCUCGCCGCCGCCAGCGCUGCAGUUGUCCUCGGGAGAUGGCCAGUAACCCCUGUGCCAGGCAGCAUCCUGUACCAACUUGGAAUAGCUACUAGAAGUUACUGGGUAGCAAACUUUCAAGAUCAGAACUUACUGCUGAAGUAACUUGGAAAGAGAAGAAAACCAGAGUUGAAACCAUGGCAAAAAUAACUAGAGUUGGCUCGGCAUCCCCUCCAGAUGGAGGCUGGGGCUGGAUGAUUGUGGCUGGCUGUUUUCUCGUUACCAUCUGCACCAGGGCAGUCACCAGAUGUAUCUCCAUUUUCUUUGUGGAGUUUCAGACGUACUUUGCUCAGGAUUAUUCUCAAACAGCGUGGAUCCAUUCCAUUGUGGACUGUGUGACAAUGCUCUGUGCUCCACUGGGAAGUGUUGUCAGUAACCACUUAUCCUGCCAAGUGGGAAUCAUGCUGGGGGGCCUGCUGGCAUCUACUGGUUUCAUCCUGGGCUCAUUUGCCACCAACCUGAAGCAUCUCUACCUCACCCUGGGAGUUCUUACAGGUCUCGGAUUUGCACUUUGUUACUCUCCGGCUAUUGCCAUGGUUGGCAAGUAUUUCAGCAGGCGGAAAGCCCUGGCUUACGGGAUUGCUAUGUCAGGCAGUGGCAUUGGCACCUUCAUCCUGGCUCCUGUCGUUCAACUCCUUAUCGAACAGUUUUCCUGGCGAGGAGCCCUGCUCAUUCUUGGAGGGUUCGUUUUGAAUCUCUGUGUCUGCGGCGCUUUGAUGCGUCCCAUUACUCUUAAAGAGGACCAUUCGAAUCCAGAGAAGAAUCAUGACCACGGAACGCAGAGCGAAAACUGUAAACAGGCGUCUCCCUAUUCACCUUUGACCAAAGAAUGGGCACGGACCUGCCUCUGCUGCUCUUUGCAGCAGGAAUACGGUUUUUUACUGAUGUCGGACUUCGUCGUGCUAGCCGUCUCAGUUCUGUUCAUGGCUUACGGCUGCAGCCCUCUCUUUGUGUACUUGGUGCCUUACGCUUUGAGUGUCGGAGUGAGCCACCAGCAAGCGGCCUUCCUCAUGUCCAUACUCGGAGUGAUAGAUAUUGUUGGCAACAUCACAUUUGGAUGGCUUACUGACAGAAGGUGUCUGAAGAAUUACCGGUAUGUUUGCUACCUCUUUGCCGUGGCACUAGAUGGGCUGUGCUAUCUGUGUCUCCCAAUGCUUCAAAGUUUUCCCCUUCUUGUGCCUUUCUCUUGUACUUUUGGCUACUUUGAUGGAGCCUACGUUACCUUGAUCCCAGUAGUGACUGCAGAGAUAGUGGGGACCACCUCUUUGUCAUCAGCGCUUGGCGUGGUCUACUUCCUUCAUGCGGUGCCGUACUUGGUGAGCCCACCCAUCGCAGGAUGGCUGGUGGACACGACGGGCAGCUAUACCGCAGCAUUCCUGCUCUGCGGAUUUGCCAUGAUGUUUAGCUCCGUACUGCUUGGCUUUGCGAGGAUUGUAAAGAGGAUGAAGAGAACACAGCUGCGGUUCCUGGCCAAAGAAUCAAAUCCCAAGCUGCCACUAUGGACCAAUGGCUCAGUGGCCUACUCGGUAGCAAGGGAGCUGGAUAAGAAAAACGAGGAAUCCACAGCUACAGCUGUGCCAGGAUGCAACCUCACGUGACCAGUGUGGCCUUAUCCCUGGGAAUUUUCAAGGAUAAUGGACCUGAGGCCGCCGGAUUGUUCACAUUUUGGAAGUGUUUUAUUUUGUCAGAGUAUCACCUCCCAAGAAAAUUAUGAAUGCUGUUUUGCUAAUAUAUUUAUAAGGGGAAAUAACCAACAACCAAGAAAUCUGGAGUAGCCUAGAGUUUUCUCAUUCAGGAUCUGUUCUCAUUGUAAAACUUAGCUCCAUGGAGGAGGUCAGGGCAUAGUUGAUGGAAUUCACUGUAUUUAAGGGUAACUCCAAAGCACAACCAAAGCAGAGGCCACUGGGCUCUGUUUUUUGUCAUCAGAAAGACUCUGUCUCUCUCUUUCUUCUCGUUAAGGACACACUGGGUGUGCUGGCAGAGAGUGAAGAUGCAGAGCUGGCUUUGGGUGGAGUGCCUCAAUUUUUAUAGAGAGUAGCAAGGGGUAUUUGAGACUCUUUGAAAGGCAAUUGUUAAUAUACAUCAGAUUGUCUUUUAUUAGGUUCCCAAUCAACCCUUCCCUCUUCCAGUGGGUAGACAUCCCUUUGAGCGUCCACAUAAUCAUGAAACACCAUGGUUGGAAUGGGCUUUAAAGGGUGGCAGGCAGCGUUUCUAACCAAAACAGGAAGCUCGAAGCUCAGACUAUCCCUGCCACUCACCUGUCACUGCCACAUAAUACUCUAAAUUUAACACAACUCGUUGAGUGAGUGAUGGAGCAACUUCUCCAUCCUUUCUGAAAUGUGUGUAACACCCCAGGAGUCCACACCUUGCAUUUGAACUGCAGACACAUUCCUAUUAGGGAUAGAAGAAUGUUGGCACUACUCCAAUUGAGCAGUAGUUGGAUUCUUAGGUCAGCAGGGUGCCUGGUGGGAGUUUUCUUUGCAAACCAGUCAUUAGAUUCUCCAUUGUCCAAAAGAAGACUUGGGGUUUUUCUUAUCAUAGUGAGGUUUUAAAACUGGGAUUCCGUGCUCACCCCGCUCAUUUUCGGAUCAUAAUUAUAAACCUGACUCAUCGGUUUAAAACUGUCUGUUCAUUCUCAAAAACCCAAGCUUUCUGUGACUUGCAAUCGCUUCUGAAUUUUCAGAUUGGAGAAGAGGACAUGGAGAAAAAAGGGGGGGCAGUUUAUCUCCAGCUGUUUCAAAUCCAUAGAAUUAAGAGUCCUGAAUCCCCAAUCAUGUUACAUCUGCAAAGAAGUCAAGUAAUGCAAUUAAAAGGGGCGUCUUAACUAGUUAAGAAUUUAAAUCCAAGUCACGAGGAAACAUUUUGAUCUCAAAGGCCAUUUAACCUACUGUCCCCAAGAGGCCUCAGAGUGGCUUUUUUUGCAAGACGUGGUGCUGGGAGAAAUAACAAAGCCUUGAGGAAAGUCUGCGGAUGGCUGAGACCUUGUUUGAAUUGGAGUGUUUGUGUUGCUACAUUGCUUUCAUGUUGGGAUACCAGCUUGAUUUGAUGGGGAAAAUGAUAUUCCUCCAUUGUAGCUUUUCACAGGGAGUGUGAAUGUUCUGGUUUUACUCAUCCUGUGUCUUUAGUUUAGAAUCUAUCCACUGUGUCAUGUGCAAUUCUAAGAAUAUUUUUGGUAUAUCUGCAAAAAUUGAAAGUUAAAAUGAAGUACUUGUUUUGAAAUAGCACUUUACCUUAAAUGACAUCUUUUUUGUCACCUUAAAAGUGAUUUCUCUAAAAAACAUAAGUGCUCUUAUUUGUGUGUCUUCAAAGCAUUGAUUAUAGUAAAUUUUGUUUAUGUGAUUCUAUAAUAAAAUUUCUCUAUUAUGUUUAUGAAAGAUUAAGAUAACAAUCAAAGUUUUUAACAUUUUAUAUUAAAACAUUUCAGAUCUUUUCACAUUAUACAUGCAAUAAAUUUGCAUUCUAACUUUCUGGGGGCAACAUAUUUUGAAGAACCAGUAAGAAGAAAUGUAGAUCUUAGAGUUUACCGUUGGGACCCAUAAAAAUUUCUACUGGUUUUUUUUUUCUUCAUGGAAAAAUUUGGAACAGUUCCAAAUUGUAAGGAAUUCAUGGGAAUGGGACAUUUUAUGGAAAUCAAGAAUAAAACUGUAGAGGAAUGAUUCUAUGCCUUAAAUACAGUUGUUUCUCCAACUGUAAGUUCUACUUAGGAGCUGACUAAGUAGAAAAACCGAAGAAAUGAUCUACGUUUUCAAUGUGCCAUUUGCUCCUCUGUUUAAAUAUUUUACAAAUGGAUCUAUAUAGGCUAAUGUUUUCCUAGUUCAAAGGCAAAAUAAAGCGGA